GUCUCAAGUAGGAAGCUCGUGCGCUGCGCCCGCAGCUGAUCCCGGCGCUCCGGGGAGGGCGAGACUGGAGCAGAGCCGCCGGGCGCCCCAGCCGAGCGCCGCGCGCACAGCUGGUUGGAGCUGCCGUGGGUGAGUCGCGGCGAUUGCCUGCCAAGCAUGCUGUGGUCGGAUCUGCCCAGCCGAGGAGCAGAGACAUUGGCCGGAUGGAAAAUCCAUAAAAGAAAGCUCUUCUGAAAAGCUGAGACAGACGAGAACUUCCGCAGACUCAGAUGUAUUUGGGCUGCCUGACCGCCUUGGGUGAUUGCUAUUAAUUAACAGACUUUGUGGGGAGAAGGGAGCUUGCCUUCUGAGCUCUGAACCAAAGAUCUGGGAAAACUAACCAACUCAAUAUUUCGUGAGUACUUGGAGCAGUUGAGGUCCCUGCUAAUGUGCUGACUGUCACUAUGGGCAGAUGGUACCUGGAGGCUCACUGUCACCCAGGCAGCUCCUAUUGCAAAUUAUAAACUAUUUCCUGCACCAUUGCUGACGCCCAGUGAUCCAUGUCAGAAGUACUUCCAGGUGACUCAGGUGCGGACACCUUGGCAGUGUUUAUGGCCAGCAGCGGAACCACAGACGUCGCAAAUCGGAACAGCCCAGCCACACCACCAAACACCCUUAAUCUCCGUUCUUCACACAAUGAACUGCUGAAUGCUGAAAUAAAACACUCAGACACCAAGAACAGCACACCUCCCAAAUGCAGGAAAAAAUAUGCACUGACUAACAUCCAGGCGGCAAUGGGCCUCUCGGAUCCGGCUGCACAGCCCCUCCUGGGAAACGGCUCAGCCAACAUCAAGCUGGUGAAAAAUGGGGAGAACCAGCUCCGAAAGGCUGCCGAGCAAGGGCAGCAGGACCCCAACAAAAACAUCAGCCCCGUUGCAGUCAUCAACAUAACUUCUGAGAAGUUAGAAGGUAAAGAGCCCCACCCACAGGAUUCCUCCAGCUGUGAGAUUUUACCCUCCCAGCCCAGGAGAACUAAGAGCUUCCUAAAUUACUAUGCAGACCUGGAAACCUCAGCCCGAGAACUGGAGCAGAACCUUGGCAACUGCCAUGGGGUCGGGGAAGAGAAAGCCCAGCCAGGCCAGGGCCAGGUCCCUGCUGCCAUCAUCGGGAAUGGUGACUUGCUGCUGCAGAAACCAAACAAACCCCAGUCCAGCCCGGAAGACGGGCAAGUAGCCACAGUGUCCUCCAGCCCAGAGACCAAAAAGGAUCAUCCUAAGACAGGGGCCAAAACCGACUGUGCACUCCACCGGAUCCAGAACUUGGCGCCAAGCGAUGAGGAGUCGAGCUGGACAACAUUGUCCCAAGACAGUGCUUCCCCCAGCUCCCCGGAUGAAACAGAUAUCUGGAGUGAUCAGUCAUUUCAGACAGAUCCGGAUUUGCCGCCUGGCUGGAAAAGAAUCAAUGACAUCGCUGGGACCUAUUACUGGCACAUCCCAACAGGAACAACUCAGUGGGAACGGCCUGUCUCCAUCCCCGCAGAUAUCCAGGGUUCUAGGAAAGGGUCACUUAGCUCUGUAACGCCAUCUCCCACCCCAGAGAAUGAGAAACAGCCAUGGAGUGAUUUUGCUGUUCUGAAUGGGGGAAAGAUUAAUAGUGACAUUUGGAAGGAUUUGCAUGCAGCCACAGUUAAUCCAGACCCCAGUUUAAAAGAGUUCGAAGGAGCAACGCUACGUUAUGCAUCUUUGAAACUCAGAAAUGUCCCUCAUGCUGAUGAUGACGAUUCUUGUAGUAUCAACAGUGACCCAGAAGCCAAGUGUUUCGCUGUGCGCUCUCUGGGAUGGGUAGAGAUGGCAGAGGAGGACCUCGCCCCUGGUAAAAGCAGCGUUGCUGUCAACAACUGCAUCAGGCAGCUCUCUUACUGCAAAAAUGACAUCCGAGAUACAGUUGGCAUUUGGGGAGAGGGCAAAGACAUGUACCUGAUACUGGAGAACGACAUGCUCAGCCUGGUCGACCCCAUGGACCGCACAGUGCUGCACUCACAGCCCAUCGUGAGCAUCCGUGUGUGGGGCGUGGGCCGAGACAAUGGCCGAGAGAGGGAUUUUGCUUACGUAGCAAGAGAUAAAGAUACCAGAAUUUUGAAAUGUCAUGUAUUUCGAUGUGACACACCAGCAAAAGCCAUUGCCACAAGUCUCCACGAAAUUUGUUCCAAGAUUAUGGCUGAACGGAAGAAUGCCAAAGCCCUGGCCUGCAGCUCCUCGCAGGAGAGGACCAGUGUGAAUCCCGAAGUCCCUUUGCAAGUAGAUUUCCCAACGCCAAAGACUGAACUGGUCCAGAAGUUCCACGUGCAGUACUUGGGCAUGUUACCUGUCGACAGACCAGUCGGAAUGGACACCCUGAACAGUGCCAUAGAGAGUCUGAUGACCUCAUCUAACAAGGAGGAUUGGCCAUCAGUGAACAUGAAUGUGGCCGAUGCCACCGUGACGGUCAUCAGUGAAAAGAAUGAAGAGGAGACCUUGGUGGAGUGCCGGGUGCGGUUCCUGUCCUUCAUGGGUGUCGGGAAGGAUGUCCACACGUUUGCCUUCAUCAUGGACACUGGGAACCAGCGCUUUGAGUGCCACGUGUUCUGGUGUGAGCCCAAUGCUGGGAACGUGUCGGAGGCGGUCCAGGCCGCCUGUAUGUUACGAUAUCAGAAGUGCUUGGUAGCCCGGCCACCUUCACAGAAAGUUCGACCACCUCCUCCGCCUGCAGACUCAAUGACCAGAAGAGUCACAACCAAUGUAAAACGAGGGGUCUUAUCCCUCAUUGACACUUUGAAACAGAAACGUCCUGUCACAGAAACACCCUAGUUGCAUAUGUUAAAGGACUGUCAUCUUUACCUGAAGAUGGAGUAGCUUAAAAAAAAAAAAAAAAAGAACUGAUCUCGGCCUUCCAUUCCGUUGCUGAUGCUUUGUCUUCAGAGAAUUCAUCUGUACCCGAGCAGUGUUAGACAGGCAUGUUCUCUCGUCUUGCCACCAUCUUGUGCUAUGAAAAGAAGCAUGAAUCUUUUUUUUUUUUUUUCCUGUCAGUAAGUUACAUCCUGAGCAGUGGAAGGUCUUUUUCUUACUGUAAAUAUUGUGAACAUUAUGACUUCGCACAUGCAGAGAAGAAUGUGACCCCCGCCCCUCCUAGUGAACAAUGCUAUGUCCUUGGAGUGAAUGAUGCCUGCAUUCUCUCACUGUCCUCUCAACUGGAUCUGUCACAAGCAACCUUCAAGUUCCUGCAGCACUUUGCCCUGUUUUCAACAUUGGAAACAUGGAGACACUGCAUAGCAGAUACCAUUGAAUUGCUGUAAAGAUAGGAUGACGAGUUGGGGUUUUAGUUUUUCAUAAAAUUGGACCUGUUGGUUAACAAAACUGGCAGUUGGCAUCCGUAUAGAAACCAACUGGCAGCUUUCCUUGACGAGCUGUGUGACACAUGGACGCCAUGUCAUGUCUCCAGCUGAUGGUGGGAUGUUGGAAAAGAGUGGAACUUUAAAAUGGAUGAAAAACUAAAUUUGAGGAAUUAAAAUCGAACAAAAAAAAUAGCCUUUCUUUUCAGAUGGUUUUCAAACUGAUUAUUUUCAAAAAGAGAUUAACAAAAUCAUAAUGCAUUUUGGGUGGGACAUAUUUCAAACUUCUGCCUUACAUUGUACAAUGCAGCUAGAGAAUUAUAGUUCACUAUGGCCAUUCUCUACACAAUGAUAAGAUGAAAUACUCCUCAUGAACCUCUCAUCCUUAGUUUGAUGAUCAGCCAAUAUGCAACUUGGAGUUGAGGAAAUGCCAUUUAUAUCUGUCAUACACUAUGAUUUGAGGUCUCCUCCACCACUUUAGUUUUGUUAGUUCACAUCUUAGAGGUAAAUGUUGUGCUAGAAUUCCGCAGCUAGCUCAGUCUUAUUCUAGUGCUUUUUGUCCAGAAAGCUGUCUGUCCAUCAUAUAUUGUCCAUGGCAACAAACUACAUAAGUUGGACCUUUUCUUGAAUUUAUGUAUUUAAUAUUAGAAUUUAUUGAACUCAACUAGAUAUAUUUUAAAAUUUAUAUUUUUUCCAUUUUACUUUUAAGAUUUAAAAAAUUUCAUAUCAGAGCAAAAUAUACAUAGGAAUAAUGGGACUAUUUAACAGUUUCCCCAAAACAGCAUUUUCUUGCUUUUUUAAUGUAGAUUAGAAACUUAGCUAUAAAGAUAUACCAAUUUAAACUCUU